GAAAGGUCUGUGUGGGACCUUCCAUGUAUCCAUCUUUUGCACAUGGUUAUUAUUCUUAUUCAUUUUACUCGUACCUUCAUUUUAGCUUCCCAAAAUGGAGGACGAGACUUCACUAUUAGACAACUCUCUCCUCGAACACGGCAGCAGCAAUGGCCACCACCACCCUCCGGAGACUGGUGGCUCAGCUGCCGGCGCCACUUCUAUGUUAGUUUUCACCACCUUCAUUGCUGUUUGCGGUUCCUAUGUCUUUGGUGCUGUUCUUGGAUAUUCAUCACCUGCUGAGACUGGGAUCAUGGACGAUCUUGGCCUUUCUUUGGCAGAGUACUCAGUUUUUGGCUCAAUUAUGUCAAUUGGAGCAAUGUGUGGGGCAGUGUUUAGUGGAAAGAUUGCAGACUUGAUUGGUCGUAGAGGUGCAAUGGGGAUUUCACAAAUAUUGUGCACCGUAGGAUGGCUUGCAAUCAUAUUCUCACAGGGUGCUUGGUUGCUUGACCUUGGAAGACUCUUCACAGGAUUUGGGGUUGGCCUUCUAUCUUAUGUGACACCUGUAUAUAUAGCAGAAAUAACUCCCAAAAAUCUUCGAGGAGGAUUUGCAGCUGUUCAUCAGUUCGUGCUGUCUGUGGGCACAGCCUUAACAUAUUUUAUAGGAGCUAUUCUCUCCUGGCGAAUCUUGGCUCUUAUAGGAAUUAUCCCUUCUGUAACACAGCUGGUAGGCUUAUUCAUCAUUCCAGAGUCUCCAAGAUGGCUGGCCAAGAUUGAUCGAGGGAAAGACUCUGAAGCUGCUCUGAGGCGCCUGAGAGGAGAAAAUGCUGAUAUAUCUGAGGAAGCAACUGAGAUCAAAGAAUAUAUUGAAACCCUUAAACAGCUUCCAGAGGGUACAGUUCUAGAUUUGUUCCAGAGGGUAUAUGCUCGCUCACUGAUUGUUGGAAUUGGGAUUAUGUUACUGCAACAAUUUGCAGGAACUAAUGCAGUUAAUUUCUAUGCAAGUUCUAUAUUUGAAUCAGCUGGUUUUUCAGCUGAUGUUGGAACAGUAGUAAUGGCCCUUGUUAAGAUACCAAUGGCCUUAUUGGGUAUAUUCUUAAUGGACCGAACUGGAAGAAAACCACUUCUCAUGACUUCUGCAAUGGGGACAUGCAUAGGCUGCUUUCUUACGGCAUUGGCGUUCGCAUUGCAGGACCUUCAGCAACGGAAAGAGUAUUUCACACCCAUUUUGGUAUUUGCCGGUAUAAUUAUAUAUAAUGCGUCAUCAGGACUAGGACUUGCAGGAAUUCCUUGGCUUAUAAUGUCAGAGAUAUUUCCCAUAAACAUGAAAGGUUCAGCAGGUAGUCUUGUGUCUUUGGUCAACUGGCUUAGUUCCUGGAUUGUUGCCUACUUUUUCAAUUUCUUAAUGGAAUGGAGCUCAGCUGGAACAUUUUUCAUAUUCUUCGGCACUUCUUGUCUGACUGUUGCAUUCGUUGCAAAGCUUAUACCUGAAACUAAGGGACGAACACUAGAAGAAAUACAGGCGGUGAUGAACCCGGCGACAGAUAUAAAAUAAAAACCUCGUAUACCUGUAUACAGUAAAUUUCGAGUUUAAACAUGUAUGGUGUGUACUUAUGACUAUAUUAUGUCUUACUGUUAGUCUGUAUUAUUGGCCAUUCACUGAGAUCAAACGGGGAGGAAAUAUUAUCUUUUAUUAGAAUGCAGGCAUGGCCUUUUUGUGAAAAGAUUUGAAAAUGAAGGCUUGAGAUGUUUGUUGAUCAA